GACCCAGGCGUUGGUACCCACGGGACAUCUCCCCCCAGCCUCCUAGAUGGCUCCCGGCCCCGGUGGCCUCAUCUGCUCCCUGCCCAGACAGGCCCCACCCUCGCAAACAGGCCCUCCAGAGUCCCAAGCCCCUGGCUGGCAAAGGUAGACCUAGGUCUAGGCCGUGGGGGUGACCCAGGGACACCCACCCCUUCUUCCAGCCCCCUUCUUCUCCUCUUGGGACCGCCUCUGGGUGUUAAGUUGGGCCCAGGCCCUCUUACCUCAGCCCUUGGAGCCCAAACUCAACUCUGUGGGACCUGUGGUUGGCUUGACUUGGAGACACUGGACCGGCAGGAGUCCCCUGAGGCUGGAAUCCCCUGGGGCCUGACAUGGCUGGAAUCAGCAGGACUGGAGCUUCCUGGGGAGCAGGUGUGCCACUGACCACAACAUAGAUAACACCAAGGAGAUGCUGCAGGAGUGGUUGGCUGCUGUGGGCAAUGACUAUGCAGCUGUGGUCUGGAGGCCCGAGGGGGAGCCCAGGUCCUACCCAGACGAAGAGGGUCCCAAGCACUGGACCAAAGAACGGUACCAGUUUCUGAUGGAGUUGAAGCAGGAAGCUCUGACCUUUGCCAGGGACUGGGGGGCUGAUUAUAUCCUGUUUGCAGACACAGACAACAUUCUAACCAAUAACCAGACGCUGCAGCUUCUUAUGGAGCAAGGGUUGCCUGUGGUGGCCCCAAUGCUGGAUUCGCAGACCUACUACUCCAACUUCUGGUGCGGGAUCACCCCCCAGGGCUACUACCGCCGUACAGCCGAGUACUUCCCCACCAAGAACCGCCAACGCCGGGGCUGCUUUCGUGUCCCUAUGGUCCAUUCCACCUUCCUGGUAUCUCUGCGGGCUGAGGGGGCAGCCCAGCUCGCUUUCUAUCCCCCUCACCCCAACUAUACCUGGCCCUUUGAUGACAUCAUCGUCUUCGCCUACGCCUGUCAGGCAGCUGGAGUCUCGGUCCAUGUGUGCAACCAGCACCGUUAUGGGUACAUGAAUGUGCCUGUGAAAUCUCACCACAGUCUAGAGGACGAAAGGGUCAACUUCAUCCAUCUAGUCUUGGAAGCACUUGUUGAUGGGCCCCCCAUGCAGGCCUCGGCUCAUGUGUCCCGGCCCCCAAAGAGACCCAGCAAGAUGGGGUUUGAUGAGGUCUUUGUCAUCAGCCUGGCCCGCCGGCCUGACCGCCGUGAGCGCAUGCUGAACUCGCUCUGGGAGAUGGAGAUCGCUGGGCAGGUGGUGGAUGCUGUGGAUGGCCGAACCCUCAAUAGCAGUAUCAUCAGGAGCCUUGGCGUGGACCUGCUCCCUGGCUACCAGGACCCCUACUCAGGCCGCACAUUGACCAAGGGAGAGGUGGGCUGCUUCCUCAGCCACUAUGCCAUCUGGGAGGAGGUGGUUGCCAGGGGUCUGGCCCAGGUCGUAGUGUUUGAGGAUGAUGUGCGCUUUCAAAGCAACUUCAAGGGACGGCUGGAGCAGCUGAUGAAAGAGGUGGAGGCAGAGAAACUUCCGUGGGACCUGAUCUACCUCGGCCGGAAGCAGGUGAACCCUGAGGAAGAGGCAGUUGUGGAGGGGCUUCCACACCUGGUGAUGGCUGGGUACUCCUACUGGACGCUGGCAUAUGCCCUGAGCCUGGCGGGGGCUCGCAAGUUGCUGGCCUCCCAGCCCCUGAGCCGGAUGCUACCUGUGGACGAGUUCCUGCCCGUCAUGUUUGACCAGCACCCCAACGAAAAAUACAAGGCACACUUCUGGCCACGGGACCUGCGGGCCUUCUCGGUCCAGCCCCUGCUCACUGCUCCCACCCACUAUGCGGGGGAUGAGGGGUGGCUCAGUGACACGGAGACAUCCUCCCUCUGGGAUGACGACAGUGGCCGCCUCAUCACCUGGAGUGGCUCUCACAAGACCUUGCGUGACCCCCGCCUGGACCUGGUCAGCAGCAGCGGGCACAGCCUCCAUCCUCAACCCCGGGACGAGCUUUAGGUCCAGCUGGUACUCACUAAAGGUAUGCCCAGGAGCAGGCCAGCAGCUUCCCAGGGAGGAGAGGAAGAGAUCAUGGCAGGAGUUGCCCCCAGGAACCACAGACCCAGUAGAGACUUGGGACCACCAUAAGCAUGGCCGCUCUGCCCUCUGGACCCUUCUCCAGUCUUAUAGAGGGAGAUACCACUCAGAGAUGAAUCCCAUUCCCAUAGAUCACACAGCAAAAGGGCAGGACCUGUGGGCCCCCUCACCCUGCCUGUCCUGUUUCAGGGCUUGGGGUGGGGGGAUGGAGAAAGGCUCUUUUAGACCCCAGGAACCCUGUUCUCCCUGAGGACUCAGCCACUAGGGCUAUUUUGCCCUUCUACCUCCAUCUCACCUCCCCACUAGCUUGACACCUGGGUCCUUCCUGCCCAGGCCCACCCUCUUCCCUGGCCUGUGGGAAGGACAGGGAAGUGGGAGGAGGACUCUUGCAAACCUGGUGCCUACACACAGAAGGUCCUCAAUAAAAGCUGGCUGGUAUUUAUACUUUA